CCGUGACUCCUGCAGCUCGCUUAAUUAGAUUCGAGGACAUUACAAUGAAAAUAAAAGAACAGCAGCGAACUCUUUCCCAGCUUCUUGUGUUUUUAUCAACAACUCUUGAUUGAUCUCCAUCUACAGAGUAGUGCGCAACAAAUGCCUCGGGCAUAAUUCGAAAUUCCCAUCAGUCAACGCAAAGAUGUCUCCCGGAGCGCAGGACUUCUAUACCUGCGGCUGUUCCAUCUUCUCCUACCAGGCCACCUCUACUUUCUACGCCUGCCAGAAACACAAAGGACUCAAGCCUCGUCUCAUUGAGCGUGACUGCGGCCCUUGCCAGCGCGUCAAAGCUGUCGGUUUGGAGCUCAACGUGGUUCCCUCUUCCGACACUCACAAUCAUCCUCAAGCUAGACACUGCUUCAACAAUCCCCAGACUUAUGACAACUCCCAAUAUGUUGGCACGCAAGGUCCCUCCAACGGUAUUACCAGUUUUGAGACUCUCGCAAAUGAUCUCGGUAGAGAUUUCCGACAAUGUGACAAUAGUGACCGAGUAUUCGGUCUAGACGAGUUCGUCAUGAGUGGAGGUAAUAGUGAAAGCAUGCAGGUCAACCAGUCCGAGGGCUAUGACAUGAAUGGUCAGACCACGCAAGCCAACAACGCUGGAUAUGUAUCUGGAUAUGUUUUGAACAUGAAUGAUAAGAGAAUGCGAGUCGAUGGCUCUGAUCAUGAUUUCAACAACAGUCAAGCCAUGCCUGCCAAUAAGUCUCAGAACGAUUUUGACAACAGCCUACCCGUGCAAGUCAACAACUUUGACAAUGACAUCAGCAACCGCCGACUGCGAACCAUGUCGGCAAACUGCUCGGAGAUUGGUUAUGCUAACAGCCUACCAUUUCAGGCCAACAACACUGAGGAUAGUUUCAACGAUGGCCAGUGCAUGGAAGCCAACGACUCUCAGAACGGCACCAACUACGGCCAGCCCGUGCAAGUCAACAACUUCGAGGAUCAUUUCAAUGGUUGCCAAUUCAAUCAAGCAGUUGAAGAUGGCGGCGAAGAGUUCCAACAUAACAGCCCCGCCACUCCAAAGCCAAUCCGUAUCAUCGACCUCCAGAACACCAUUAUCGACGCCCCCGCCACCUUGCUCCGCGACGUUAAAACCGCUUCUCACCACGCAGUCACCAGCGAGUUCAGCGGCGACAAGCAAACCAUCCUCGACGCCAUAUACACCUGCAUCAAGAACGGUCUCGCCGAAGCUACCAGUCUCCGUGAUGUCGACGUCAAUUGUGAGCGUGCCAAUGUCAAGCACUGGAUUCAGGAUAUCAAGGGUGGUAGAUCGACGCUGGAGGAUAUGGAGAUGGGUUUGUUUCUUUCAGGGGAGGGGAAGGAUUUGGGGAGAGCCAUGAAUGCACAGGCUACUAGGGAGAGAAUUUUGAAUGAGUGUAUGGAGAUAUUGAAGAGAGCUUUGUAGGUAAGUUCUUGGCGGUUGGAGGUCUUGUGGUGGAUUUUGAGGGCUGUGGAUGUUUUACUGUUUGCUACCUCAAGUCCUUGAUGGGCGGGGAAGGAUGGGUUGCAGAUGUCACUUCCUCUGGAUCUUGGUUUGGAGUACUACUUUGAAACGUUGAAUAAUCUUCUAUGGGUACUCUACUCAGGUCCAAGUGGUCCCGAGCCUCAGCUAUUGCAUUCAUAAACACACUUCCGUUGCUUUUAGCUCGAAAGUGAAUAGGCUGAACACGACAAGUAAAACCAAAAUCUGUGUAUCGAAUGUGACUUUUUGGUGGCGUCACUUUGAGCAUCCAUCAAAACUUAGAGUAUCAAGAACUUUGCUUUGCCUCUGAUCAAUUCCCUCCUCCACAGUUUUCAAGUGACGAGCAUGGGACAACACGCGCGUGCUUCGCUUAUAA